AUGUUGCUGCUUUUCAUCGUCCUUGCAUUUGCGAUCAGUGUCAUUGCUCACUCCACCCAAGAUGGAUGCCCGCGGAGGCUCGGUGCGAAAGGCGUGCGGGUUCGCAUACCACCUACUUUCAACACUACCGAUCGUAGCCAUCACGGAAGACCAUGGUCUGCGCCACCUGUUGGCUUCUACUUCAAGCCGUGGUCAAUGAUCCUCGCGUCGAAUCCCCAAUAUGCUGCUAUGCGGAAUGUGCAAUACGACCCGACACCGAUCGACCCCUCUGACCCUACCGGACUUGCGAAUGAUCUCUUCUCAUUCCAGUUCCCAGGCAAUGACAGCGUGAUAACAACAUACGGCGUCGAUACCCCGCAUCCCCACUUCCCAGCAGUGCUUGACUACGCAGGAACCGGAAUUCUAGUCGGAGCUACCAGUCAAUACAGCAUUCUGGUUUGGGGGUGCGACGCCAAUAGAGUCCCGUACUAUGCGAGCUACUCGACAGCAGCCGAGUUCACUGGCACACCCGCGGGUAUCGAUCUGAUGAGCACGAGUGAUCAAGGGCCUGAUCAGGAUACCAUCGACGCUGUUGUGACGGCUUUAAAGAAACUAGGCAGCGACGAGAUUACAAAGUAUGUUGAGGUUUUGGAGAGGAUGGUGCAGGAUGGCUGGAGGAGGGGUAUGCCCAGGGUAUGUAUAUGGGCUGUAGGGAAUGAUACAAGCUAA